UAUUUAUGCCAAACAAGUUUUCUUUUGUUUUGCCAGGUGGAGACACAACAUUGUCAACAUCAUAAAAAAUAAAAGGGUCUCUCCACUCUUCUUCACUUCUUUCUCAAAUUCAAUCCUCCUUCCCAUGGCCAUGGAAGAAGAAGUGUGGAAAGACAUAACCCUCUCUGCCCUCCCUGAAACUAACUCCUCCGAUCAACCCUUCCCACCUACUAUUCUCCAAGACUUCCUCCCCAUUCCUCUCCUUUCCAACCCUACAUCAUCACCAUCAUCAUCAUCAUCAACCAUCCAUGACAUUUCUCUCUCUCAUCAUCCCCAACACCCAUCACUCUCUUCCUUCAGCUUGAAUUCUGACCCACCUGAUUUUGGCUUCCACUUCCUCGAGACUCGAGCUCUGGUUAAUUCAAAACCUCCUCAACAAAAGCGGGAUUCCACUUCUAAUUCUUCUGUUCAACUGAUAAAGAAAAGGGCAACAAAGAAGAGUGUCGAAUCACCCGAAAAACGAUUUUUGAGGCUGAUGAAGAAUAGAGACUCAGCUGAUCGAGCCAGGGCUAGAAAAGAGGCUUAUACUAAAGAGUUGGAGAUUAAACUUGCUAAUCUAAAGAAAGAGAAUGCUCUGCUUCAUAAACAGAUUUUUUAUCAUAUAUAGUAUAUAUCUGCAGAUCAAUAGCUCGAAAAAGAAAGAGCCUUCUGUUCAUCAAUGCCCAAAAAAACGUACGAGUCUGUAUAGAACCUUGACAGCUCCAUUUUGAGAAAUGAAUGAAUGAAUGGAAGGAAGUAAGUAAGAAGGAAUACUUACUCUUUUUUGGUGGCCUAGAUAUAUAUAUAUAUAUAUAUCAUAUAUAUGAUUUUUGUGAUAAGGAAAAAGAAAAAGAGAAAAAAAAAAUGACUGGUCGAUCCUUAAGCCUUUUCUAUUUUUGGGAUUUUCGAAUUGGGGUUUUAGAUUAACGAGAUUUUCUCAGAAAGACUAAACAAGUUGGGGAGCUACUGGUCAGAGAAAAUUUGCCAAAGUUACUUUGCUUUUGCUUAAUCACUUCUGAGCAAGUGGCUGUGCAUCACUUACUUGUCACUUUCCUCAGAAUCACUUUUUUGUGGCCAAUGGAAGGGCUAUAUGUGGUAGGGUUGAAAGGUUAAUAUAUAUCUAUAUAAAUAUAUAUUAACUGACAGAGAGAGAGAGAGAACAAUAUUCCUACUUUGUUUAACUUAUAUAAAAAUUAAAUCUUGUAAAGAGUAGUAGGAGAUCAGAUGUAUUGAUGAUGUGAAUAUUGUUUGUUUAAAAUGUACGCCUCAUUCUCUGCUCUAAUUAUUAACAUUAUCUCUUUGUGGUUUGUCUAUCUUUGAAACUUUAAUUAAUACAUAGUUUUUUCAGAAAAA